AUGCCCGCCAAAUCUUGCACUAUCUCAUUUAUUUGUUCAUUCUUGAACGAGCUGAUUAUUUUCGACAAAGGCUUAGUAAUGAACAUACCUCGAUGUUCUAUUUGCUUGAUUAAUUAUGACACAAGGGAAAAAAGGCCAAGAGUAUUGACUUGCGGACAUAGCUUCUGCAAACCGUGUAUUUUGGAAGCAUCGACAGUGAUAAGACGAGAAAGUUCUGGACUUAUACGCUCUAUCAAUUGCUCGGAGUGUCGCGCCCUAUCAGAAUUCUCCGAAAGCAAGAUUCCAAUAAAUUAUGAGUUAAGCACCCUUAUUGGAGAAUUGAAUCUGGACGUGCCAUUAGUCAGUUGUACUGAGUGUGAAGAUUGGACAAGAACGACUAGCAUAUGCAUAUGCACCACAUGCACCUCCAUCGCACACAACAAUACAGCAGCGGACAUUCGAAAUAAAAGAAUCGAUAUAAGAAGUAUUUUGAAGUGUUCGGCUUGUAUACUGAGACACCACGCAUCCGACGGACAUUCAUUCUUUUGGGCGCACACUCUGAUACUGGCUGUAGAUCAAGAACUUACGGAAUUAACAUUAAGGAACCACCCAGAAAUUGCUUCAUCCGCUCAAAAAAUGUCUUCUCAUCAUUGCAAGUCGCUUCAUGGAAUCUUGUGCAAUGUGAAACACAAGAAAUUUGCAAAGGAAAUCGAGAGACUGAUGCCGAAAUUUAAGCGUGCAAAUCAUGGAAAGUAUCAGUUUAAUGGUCCGGAAGAUAUAAUAUUGGAGGAAGUUCGUCAACUAGGGGCCAAUUUAAGAGCUACCGGCAAUCUCGUAUUGGAUUUUUUAAUCGUGACAAAAACUAGAAUGAAAUUCAACACUACUCAUAACUCAACCAACUCGUAUUUAUAA